GUCAGGUUCGUGCGCCCUCCCGCCCGCCCGGCUGUGCCGCGAUGUUCCGCCUGCUGCGGCCGGGCCCGCUGCGGCCGCCGCUGCUGCCCCGCAGGUCUCUGCCCGCCGCCGCUUUCCGUCCUCCGGGCAGCGAGCAGCGCUUCGGUCGCCCUCUUCUCUCGCCAGCGCCGCCGUGCCGCGUAGCGCUGCGCGCCGCCACCGGCAUCCCCGCUAAGGAUGCGGGAUCCCCUGAAAAGACAGCCACAGAUCUCAGUGGUGAGAACAAGAAACUCAACAAAUCUCAGCAGCUGAAACAAGUUUUCAAACAGUAUGGUGCUGUAGGAGUUUCGUUCCAUGUUGGAAUUUCGUUAAUAUCUCUAGGGAUCUUCUACGUGGCUGUGUCAAGCGGUGUGGAUAUGACUCCAGUUCUCAUCAAACUUGGCUUCAGUGAAUCAUCCCUGCAGUCUAAGAUGGCUGCUGGUACAAGCACGUUUGUGUUGGCAUACGCCGUUCACAAGCUGUUUGCCCCGCUACGAAUCAGCAUCACUGUGGUUUCUGUGCCCUUUGUUGUCCGGUACUGCCGGAAGAUUGGUUUCUUCAAACCUCCUGCUCCAAAGCCAUGAUAAUUUCUUAUUGUUUCUUAUUAUUAUUUGUUAAAUGUUUAAUAUUCAUAUCGCUCUUCAGAUAUUCCUUUGAAUUCAUGUUAAUGCUGAUCUUCUCUUGCAUUCCUCUGGCUGAUUCUUUCAGGUAGAUGUGGCGGUAAAAAGUGCUGUCCUCAUCUUUCCCUUUAUAGAAAGCUCUUGAAACAGAGUCUGGUUUCCACUUCAAGUGCUCAUAUAAAUGCUUGACAAUGUGCCGUCUCUCACAAAAACCAGAAGUACAAUUCUGGGUCUUUAUUUUCUGGAUUUUUGGAUCAUUAAUGGUUCUCAUGCCAAAAUGCAGUUGCAGUUUAUUACUGCGCAGUUGGGAAAUAGAGUAAGAUUCCUUUCCCAGUAGUGGAGUGCUAUUUCUUCCAUGGACCAUGUAAACAGAUCUGUUGGUAAGUAGGUGUACUGGGAUCUAAGGUGCUACAUGAGUGUUUCUUUUGUUGCAGAGGGCAUUUUUAUGAUCCCACUCCUGCAAUCCAACACACAUGCCAAGCUAACUUUAAUGAGAGUACCUGUAUGCUUAAUUAUUGCAGUUAUAAUUGUUUUAGCUGGAAGAGGCAAUGCACCUCUCUGAAAUUAUGGCUCCUUUGUGGUGCUUCCAAGAUUUUGUUGUUUGUAACUAUGUUUUCUGACCUUUCUAAGGUCUUUUUUCUUUUCCUUUCAGUUUUAAAUGCUACAGACUCAUACUGAGUCUAGUGAAAUCAUUAUAACCAGAAUUACCUCCUGUGUGAGUGAAUGUGUUCCAAAGAUAAAGUGAGAGGCAAAGUAACUGUGGUGUUGAUACCUAGCUUUGUUACUGGGGACAUCCUGUUGGUCUGUUUUGGGGCUUUGUUUUUGUAUUUUAAGUUAGCUGUUAACAUGGGGGCUCCUGUGGAUGAAUCUCUGAUCCUCACCUGAAGUCCAGACGUUACAGUUUAGAACUUCUCAAAGCAAUACAUGUGCUCAUCUGGUAGACUGUUGAGCAUACCAACUCAAGGUGUAAUUCACUUCCUUAUUUGGGCAGUAUUCCUAUUAAAUUGUAUUUGCAUAUAACCACUUCUCAGUUAACCUAAAAAGCGGAUUUCAAAUCUAGGUAUUCAGCUUAACAUUCUGUGCUAAACCUGGGUUUCAGACUUAGGACUGUGCUUCUGUGAGAUGACUGAAGCCACAUCUGAGCCUUUUGGACCUGUUCUCCCUUCCUUGUCAGUUCUUGUGACAUUGUCUGCCUCUGUGUUUGUGCUUAUCACUUAUGCCAUGGUGGCUUUGACACAGAUCUAUGAAUAUACAGGAAUCUGAACUAAACUGGCAGAAAACUACAGUGACCAUCAAUGUAUUUUUUUAUUUUAUGUUUUGCUGAGUUGUCUUUCUGAAAAUAAAUACUGCUCAAGUGAAGAGGGAAAAACGAGGCAUGUCUUUGUCCUGAGCAAGUUGUUAACACUGCUCAGACAAUGUUAAAUUACAUCCUCAGUUAAUCAGCACGAAUAUUAUAUUUGGUACUGGGAUGGAAGCUUAUUGCUGGCUAUCCAAGAGCUAAAAACCUCCAGUGUCUACACAGCAAAGGAAGGGAUACUGUGCAGUAACAACAUGCAGCCUGCACUUCUAUUGUUUUCUGAUCUUCUGCAGUCUGGGGCUGGAUACAGAUAAUUUAUGCUGUCUGCCUCUUUGACAAUUGAAGUCUUACUUGGGCUCUUCUUGCUUCAUUUUCCAAGAAACGUUCUUUUCUACACGUUCUCUGGCUGUUCAGGUCAUUGUUCUGUUAUCCAAGGGUAACAAAAAGGAUUCCAUUAUAAUCAAAUAAUGACAGCCUUAUUUUGUUUGAUCAGUGAUUUCUAGCAAGUAGGGCUUGUCGUGAAGUUGAUAAAAGGAGUCAAACUUUUCCUUUCCUGUUCCUAGAGUGUUUCUAUAAACCAAGACUCAUUUAAAGCAAAUGUACCUGAAGUUAUUAAGAGGUACAAGCAGUAUAGAUUUUGUUGUGGUAAUAGAAAAUCCCUUCAUUUUAAAUUGUAACUGUAAGAUAAAGAUGGCUGUAUGAACUACUGGCACUUUUAGAUGAGUUUUUGCUAAAUAUUUUACAGUGAUUUGAGAAUAUAUUUUGAAUCCUAGAAUCCUUGCUUGUAAAAGAUCUUUUUAAAAUAGUUUGUAAGAUAAUAAGAGACCUUCCAUGGCUCCUGAUAAUGAAGAAAAUAAAUUGCUUUCUCGUA